CUUUAAUAAAUAAAUAUAUUUAACCUUAAACAACAUUAGAAUAGAAUACUAUGCCACAUUUAGAAUUAUUAGCAACACUGGAAGGUCAUCAAGAUCGUGUUUGGCAAGCUUCAUGGCACCCUACAAAGACAUUAUUAGCAACAUGUUCAGGAGAUAAGACAGUACGUUUAUGGCAACCUAUUUCACAUAAUAAUUUUAAAGAAUGGCACUGUGUGGAGACGCUGAAUGGUGCACAUAAACGAACCAUUCGUAGUGUUUCAUGGGCACCCACAGGUACUGAAUUAGCUACAGCAAGCUUUGAUGCUACAACAGGUAUUUGGGAAAAUGAUCCAAGGGAUAAUGAAUGGGAAUGUGUUGCAACAUUAGAAGGCCAUGAGAAUGAGAUCAAGUCUGUUGCAUGGUCAGCUACAGGAGCUUUAUUAGCCACAUGUAGUCGAGAUAAGAGUGUUUGGAUUUGGGAAGUAGAAUCAGAUAAUGAUUUUGAAUGCUUGAGUGUUUUACAAGAACAUACACAAGAUGUUAAAAUGGUUGUGUGGCAUCCAAAGUUAGAAAUGUUAGCGUCUGCUAGUUAUGAUGAUACAAUUAAAAUUUGGAAAGAGGAUGAAGAUGACUGGUAUUGUGCUGAUACUUUAGAAGGACAUACAUCCACAGUUUGGGCUAUUGAUUUUAACCAAGAAGGAGAUCAAUUAGUGUCUGCUUCAGAUGAUCAAACAUUGCGUAUUUGGAAAAUGUACAAGCCAAAUAAUCCUCAAGGAAUUCCAACACACAAUGGUGAAGCAACAUGGAAAACGAUUUGUACUUUAUCAGGUUUUCAUGAUAGAUGUAUUUACUCUGUUUCAUGGUCUAAAGUGAAUGGAUACAUUGCAAGUGUUAGUGGAGAUAAUAGUAUUCGUAUUUUUGAAAAGGAUAUGGAAGAAAUACAAGAAGAAGAUUCGGCUAGUUAUAAAAAUAUAGCCACUAUAGAGAAUGCGCAUGGUGUAUAUGAUAUUAACGGGGUAACAUGGUUCCCUACAGAAAAACAUGGUGAUUGGUUAUGUACAGUAGGGGAUGAUGGUCUCGUCCGUAUUUGGAGACUGGUACAAGAUGAUUAA